ACUUUCCAUGUGACAUACGGGAUUUUCUAUUCCUGCAGCAACGAAAGAAACCAUGUCAAUGCAUGUUAUUUUUAUUGUAGCAAACGCUGUUGGAUUCAUAACCCUCUCCAAGUUCCUCCUAUCAUUCUGUACAUGGGUUUGGGUUACAUUCCUGAGACCCCCCAAGAAUCUCAAAGGGUAUGGAUCAUGGGCCAUGGUCACAGGGUCCACUGAUGGCAUUGGGAAGGCCUUUGCAUUUGAACUAGCAUCCAAGGGCCUCAAUUUGAUCUUGGUAGGUAGAAGUCCUACCAAACUCAAAGCUACCAUCAGCGGCUUACAUGAAAGAUAUGGUUGUCAGGUGAUGGUGAGGAGUGUAGUCAUUGAUUUCUCAAAUGACCCUUUGGAUGUGAUAGAUGAGAAGAUCAAGAAAGGAAUUGAUGGUUUAGAUGUUGGGAUCUUGAUUAACAAUGUGGGGAUAUCCUACCCAUGGCCCAGGUACUUUCAUGAGGUUGCUUCAACAACCAUCAAUGAUCUUCUUAAGGUAAAUGUGGAGAGUACCACUUGGGUCACAAGGGCUGUGCUCCCUUUGAUGCUGAAGAAGAAGAAAGGUGCUAUUAUCAACAUCGGGUCGGGCUCCACGGGGGUUCUUCCAUCAUUUCCACUCUAUGCCAUCUAUUGUGCCACAAAGGCGUACGUUUACCAAUUUUCUAGAAGCCUUCACGUGGAAUACAAGCAACAUGGGAUUGAUGUUCAAUGCCAGAUUCCUCUUUUGGUGCAGACGAAGAUGAUAGCCCUACCGUUGUCUUCCUUCUUCAUACCAACACCGGAGGUAUAUAGCAAAGCAUGCAUACGGUGGAUUGGGCAUGAGCCUUUCAAUGUGCCUUAUUGGCGGCAUUCCUUAGAAGCAGCUCUACUAAGUGCAUUACCUGAAGCAUUGAUUGAUGAAUGCAUUAUACGCUACUUCUUUACUAUGCGUAAGAUCGAGCAAGAGAGGAUCAACAAAGAAUAAGCCAUGAAAAAUGACUCCCAAAUGCCUUAUAAGGAAAUACGCAAUGGGA